AUGGCGGUUGACGCGCAAGCAGCUGUUGACUUCGGAAAGUUGACUUGCAGAGUGCGCGUCAGUCGCCGCACCUCUGAUGAAAUUGAUUGCGAACUUACCACAUGUUCUGGCGCGAACAUGUGGGAUUACAUUAAGACGUAUAGUUUUGUAUUAAUUAAUAUUUUUUUAAUCAUAAUAAUUUCAAAAUUGGGAGUCGGCAUAGUAGAUUUGAGAAGUACAACUGUUUUUACCGUUACAGUUGUUUACGCUCAGUCUCUCGCUGUCUGUCUUAAAGAAUUGGGACUUCCAGAAUUUGGGGUAUUUAUACCUGAAGCACAAUUUAAUGUAGCUAAAAGAGCCCAAUCUGCGACCGCCAUGGCUACUUCUCUUUUGAUUGUUAUUGCUAACAGCAACUUGAGAGGUGAAAAAUCUAAGACAAAGAAUUCUACUAUCCAGCAUAGCGGUCUUGAUUCUGACAAACUAACGGCAAUACAUGAUGCUGUGGAAAAACUUUUUAAGCGAAGGUACAAUAAGAGUGAAGUAAACCGUGCGAUAAACGUUAAGUGUAGUAGAGUCAGAAGUGAGGAAAAAGAAGCAAAGGCUCAAAAAGGAGCUAAAAAACCAAAAUUAGAUGGAGAAUUUGAUGUCAAGCCGUAG